AAGAAGCGUCACCACCUAAAGCUAAAGAAUCGACACCUCGUCAAAUUUUACCACAAAAAAUACCACCAAGAGUGACACCUCAAGUAAUUUUAGAAGAAACGUCACCACCUAAAGCUAAAGAAUCGACACCUCGUCAAAUUUUACCACAAAAAAUACCACCAAGGGUGACUCCUCAAGUAAUUUUAGAAGAAACGUCACCACCUAAAGCUAAAGAAUCGACACCUCGUCAAAUUUUACCACAAAAAAUGCCACCAAGAGUGAUUCCUCAA